GGAAUGACGAUCCAUGCUGAUAUCAAUGGAUCAAUACAAAUUAAGAGUUAUCUACAAGAUAACUCUGAGAUUCGUAUGGUCUUGAAUUCUAGUAUGACUCACGGUCGAGACAUGUAUAAUACCGAUGAUCGAUUUGGGAUCACAUUUGACGACUACAAUUUUCAUGAAUUGGUAGAUUCUUCAGAUUUUGAAGGACACAGACAAUUGAUUAUAUUUCCACAAGAAGGAGAAAUAACUGCUAUGAUUUAUCGAAUAUCUAGUGAUAUUAGUUUGCCAUUUCGGAUAUUUCCACAAAUUUUAGAUGUUCCAGGGAGUCCAAAUAAAUUGGACGUUAUUAUUCGAAUUCGGGCAGAUUUCCCCGAAGAUAAGAUUGCAACAAAUUGCACAGUAAUUGUUCCUUUACCGCAUAUUACUCAAAG